UGUUUGACAUGCCCAACGGACAAGAUCCUGAUGCAGCAGGAUGAGUGGCGAAGGCUUUUGUUUGCUCGCAAACUUUUUUCCAGCCAUAAUUGUCUCACAAAGAGAGCGAGAGAGAGAGAGAGAGAAAGAGAAAGAGAGGUUUGUGUUAGCUCUGCUAGCUUUGAGUAAACACGGCACUAAAAAACCAGUUCAAACGCAGCACUUUCAAAGCAGCGUUUGAGAUAUCACCCGAGGUGAGCUUUUCUUGUGUCGGGUGUCAAGUUUGCGUCGUUGGAUGGUGAAUGGGCGUAAAGAAUGAAGAUUUUAAUAGAAGGAAGUUUGGCACAGAAAAUACUGCAGCCUCCAAAUGACGUCGAGAUGGCUUUAGGAGGAACGCUGUUGCCAUCCAUAUCCACCUUUACUAACCCUGCUAUCAAGACUAAAACCAUAGGGAGUGCCAACCUAAGAUGGAAGGAGGAGCUGUCCCAUCUUAAGAGACUCAGUUUGCCAAGCGAAAACUCCGACCCAGACCAUCCCAGCAGCACCAGCACCAGCCCCGCAAGCCCCAGCAUGUCCAAGAGAGACAUCGAGACAGACUUGGACUUAGACUAUGACUUCAUUUUGUCCAAUUCCAUGCUCCAGCAGCAGCAGCAACAACAGCAGGAUGAGGCCAUGGUUUGCGGUUCUGCCCAAGUCCUGCAGCCUCCAUCCCCUGGCUCCUUUUCCUCCUCGUAUCCUCUUCCAUCCCCUCAGGGGUCAGCUGGCGAUUUGCUCUACACCAUCCCGGACAUCAGCGACGUCUCGCCGUCCGGGGGUUUUGUGGCGGAGCUCAUGAGGCCCGAACUGGACCCGGCGUACCUACACCCCACCAGCCUGCAUGGCAAGUUCGUGGUCAAGACCACAGUGGACUUGGGAGAGUACAACUUGGGGGUUAACGUUGGCAAAGCCUGCGUCAACACAGCGGCAGAUCCGCCGCCGUCACGUGCCUCGCCGCCCUUUCCGUGCCACCGAAUAAAGCAGGAGACGCCCAGUAACUGUACCAUCUCGCUGCCGAUGGACCUCCACCUGAGCGGGGGGAGGCAGCGGCCGGGCCACCUGGACCUGCACGGAUUCCCCGGAAGCACAGGGCGCUCCUUGACGGGCGGCCGCUUGUCUUCAUCCUCGUCUCUCUCACCGGAACACCCCCUGAGCCGCGAGCACCAGGUGUUGGGCCACCCUCACACGCAGAUCCCCCACGGAUACCGCCACAACUCCCCGCAGGGAUACACCGUCUACCCUCAAGCGGGCGCCAUGCAGCAAUACCAAGACCCCAUCAUGGUCUCCAGUGGCGACUGUAUGCCGGAAGAACCUAAGCCCAAGCGAGGGCGCCGCUCCUGGCCCAGGAAGCGAGUGGCCACGCACACCUGUGACUACGUGGGCUGCGGGAAGACUUACACGAAGAGCUCGCACCUCAAAGCGCAUCACCGUACCCACACAGGAGAGAAGCCUUACCACUGCGACUGGGAGGGCUGCGGCUGGAAGUUCGCCCGUUCCGACGAGCUGACGCGCCACUACAGGAAGCACACUGGCCACCGGCCGUUCCAAUGCCAGAAAUGUGACCGGGCCUUCUCCAGGUCGGACCACCUGGCCCUGCACAUGAAGAGACACUUGUGAGGGCCGAUGAAGGCUGCAGAAAGAUGUACUUUCCUUGGAUACAACAAGACACGCUGUGGUGUUCACGGCUAAAGAAGCGACUAUCAAGACAAGACCUGUCCGGGGUUGUAAAAGGGACCAAAACUGGAAGUCGUCUUAUUUAUGUGACAAAAACUUGAGAGAAUCAUGUGCCAGAGACGCUUUCUAACUGGAAUUGUGUUGUUCUUGACAUGGAAAAAACCAGCAUAGGGACCAAAAGUCUCCAGAGGCCUUCUUAUCUGCAGCGACGCGCCAUUAUACAUACGACACUGUAUUAACGCAUAUCUAUAUUUAUAUAUAGUCACAUUUCACCUGCGACUCCAUUGAUUUCAGGUACAAUGUUAGGUAAUUUAUACCCAAUGGUGCUCAAAGGUUUUCCAAAAAAAAGGUACCAAAGAUUGACAAAAAAAAAAAAAAACAGUGACAAAGUGCCAUAAGAUUUUUUUGCCAUCCGCCACGCAAAAACAUUUAACGCAAAAAUAAAUAAAAAAUAUAUCAGGUUAUGACUUUCACUUUGGAGCGGUUAUGGCAAUCUUGAGAUGCACUGCAGUUGCAUUGUGCAAUAAUUAUAUAUAUAUAUAUAUAUAUAUAUAUAUAUAUAUAUAUAUAUAUAUAUAUAUAUAUAUAUAUAUAUAUAUAUAUAUAUAUAUAUAUAUAUAUAAACAUUCAUAUUUUUGUAAUGGAAUGAGUGACUCUGAACAAAAAACUUUUUUGUUUUUAUAGCCAUAAAAAUGUAAUAUAAUCUUGAUCUUGUACAUUUGUAUAUACAAAUCAUUUGUUAUUAUUGUUUUGUAUUUUACGGCAUAAUAAAAUGUAUUUCAAAUAAUGGAAAGGUGGUAAUUUUUGUCUUUCUGCGAUGCGCUCAUGUUAAAAAAAAAAUGUAGGAAAGCACUCAGAGUGCAUACCAUCGCAAGGCUUUCCCUUGCAAAAGUGAAAAAGUCCUGAAUCGAAAAUGUAAUUUUUAUCCCAUUUCUGAUAUUUCCUAAAAGAUCAAUCAAAAGCCUUGUUUGUCAUCCACUGCCUUUGUCUCUGUGGGUGGAGACGGGACGCUCGCACACACAUACACGCACGGAAGUGUGGGCUCAGAACGUAAAUGUCGGGCAGCCUCCCAGCAGGCACAAGACAUUGAUACAAAGUUGACUAUACUUACCUGUCUCUUAAAACUGACUUUGAAACAAUGUUUCAAAAUAAUUGUAUUUGUAAACUGAGCCGACAGAAAUGCCUAACGUUUUGAUCCACGUUGUUGGUUGGGAAAUAACCAAAAUUCAACGGUCAAAUCAACGUCACAACCCAACAUUGAUUAAACGUUGUCAAAAAGCAUGUUACUUUCCUGAAAAUCCGCCUACAACGUUUUGAGCAAUCUAUAGCAGAAUCAAGAAAUGGAGUGAACCCUUUUAUCCGUCUUUAUCUUUGCCUCUGCGGGGCCGCUAGCAUACACAGACAACAGUUAACGCUCGUAACAUAAAUGUAAGGUAACAGAACAAAAUGAUCUGAAUAAAUGAAAAAACUUUUUGAGUUAAUGCAGCGAUUACAUAAUUACAACAAAAUUGAACACGAUCCCCUAACUACACAAAUUGUAUAAUAAAUUAACAUACAUAAUAUAUUAUAAACAAUUGAAUGAGUCCCGCUGGGGUACAUUAUGGUCAUCUACAACCAUCUUGUCAUGUUCAUUUGUUGGUUACUUUAAAUGCUGCAUUUGAGGAUCAGAUUGUUACGUAUUCUUACUUUAAUGGGGCGAUGUGGCUCAGGGGCUGUUGUCCAGUCAACGGUGGGUUCUCGGUUCGAAUCCCUACUUCCUCUUUCGCAGUCCCACACUGACCAAGACGCUGACCUACGACCUGCACUUGGUCCAGUGAUCGCCACCGUAAGAGGCUGUGUUGAAUGCACAAGACAAAACAAAUUAUUUAUCUUUAACAAGAUGCAUUCAUGUACAUUUUAAAGACAAUAUGGAGAUUUUUUAUGGGAUGUAAGACUUUGACAUUAUAAACAAAAUGGGUAAACGGACUAACGUGUCAAACAAAAAUGUCUUGAAGAUAUGCAGUAAAUCAAUCAUGAUUUUUUUUUUUUUUAAACAUUUGCAUUAUUUAAGAUUUCACAAUAACAUAUUUUUAUUCAUUCAUACUGUUUUUUAAUGGGUCAAUUGAUCAAGUAUUAAGCAUAAAUACCUCUGUAGAUGUUUAUAGCAGUCUGAAGUAUACAUUUUUUUCGUCAACAGUGUCAAUGUUCAAGACAAGAAACUUUUUCAAGUGUGCAAAAAUAAAAUUGUUGACAUGACUCACCUACAGGCAGCUGGGAUAUAAUUCACCUUGAGGUUUAUGCCGCCCUCUAGUGGUGUUCUCACAUGCCACAGCACUGUAGACUCGAAAUAAAUUAGUGUAUUUGACAAGACAUUCAACAUGUUGCAUCAUACCGGCAGGUGGCAGUUAGCAAUUCAAAUAAAACAGCAGUGAGAAUAAAACUUAAAACG